AUGAGAAUUACAAACUAUGAAGUGGAUAGGAUAUUGAUAGAUGGAGGCAGCUCAGCCAACAUCAUAUACAUCAGCGCGUUCAAGGAGCUGAAGUUGGACAAGAAAGAUUUGAAGAGGGUGAGUUACAAAGUCACCGGGUUUAAUGGAUCAGGGCUAACCCUGGAAGGCAUAAUCGAGCUCUCAAUCCGGGUGGGUGACAGAUCAAGAAGGCAUGAUGUUCAAGCAGAAUUCCUUGUGAUAAACUCUCCUUCACCCUACAAUGUGAUCAUGGGAAGACCACUCUUCCACAAGAUAUGCGGAGUGGUAUCCACCUAUCACCUUGCCAUGGCCUACAAAACUAAUGAGGGACGGGUACACCUCGUAGAGCUGCUGAGGAAGAACAAGGAUAUUUUCGCAUUUUUCGCUAAUGAGAUGCCCGGAAUUGACCCUGCAGUCGUGGUACACCGGCUGAAUGUGAAGGAGGACAUUAAGCCAGUUAGGCAGAAAAAGCGAAGGUUCUUCACAGAGAAAAAUCAAGUAAUCCAGGAGGAGGUGGAGAAACUCUUGGAGGCAGGAUUUAUUGAACCUUGUGACUACCCAGAGUGGUUAGCCAACGUGGUCAUGGUGAAGAAAGCAAAUGGCCCGUGGUGA